UCCUUGACAAAUACUCAAGAUUCCCUUGUACUACAAUCACUUUAACACCAUCUCAUACAAAGACUUGUGAUUUUCUUCACCCCCUUUUAUCCAAAACCCUUGUUCAUCAUCCCAGAAAGAAAAAAAAAAAAAAACCCUUCAAAAUUUUGACAAAAAGCUUCAAUCCUUACUCUAUUUUCUUGAAGAAGCUUCAAUCUUUCCUCUCUUUUCUUGAAAAAGAUCCAAUCUUUCCCAAUUUCAGCCAAACCCCACCAAGAAAAGUGCAAAAAAAUGGCAGAAAACGGUGGCGAUUUACCAGACGACCAGCGGUGCAAACGCAACGACGGCCGGCAAUGGCGGUGCCGGCGGCCGGUGGUGGAGGGCCGGACACUUUGUGAGGCACAUUUUCUUCAAGGAAAGCUCCGGCAAAACAACGAACCAGUGCCGGAGAGUCUAAAGAUUGAGCGACAAAGACCCCGAAAAAACCGAAAAAAUCAAGAAAAUCAACAAAACCCUAGUGGCAGAACUGAAAUUAGGGGAAUUGAGAACAUGUGUUCUUCUAGUUUACCAAGAAAGAGGGUGAAAACUGAAGGGGAGAGCAGUUCAAAUUCGGUUCGAAAACGUCGAAAACGGAAUGUAAAAGAGGGUAAUCUGAAGUCAACCGUGGAUAUUUCAGAGGAUCUUGAUGAUGCUUUGAAGAAGAUGAAUUUAAAAAAAGGGGAUUUGCAGUUGGAUUUGAUUAGAGGGUAUUUGAAUAGGCAAAUUGAGAAGAAAAAGGGGAAGCAGCCACAUAAAGAGGAUAUAGUUAAAGAAUUGAAGUAUGGAAGAUUGGAGAUUUCACAAGCUUCACCUUCAACACCACCUGUUACUGUCAAUAAUGUUAAAGUUGGAGCUUCGGGUUCCUUGCCCACGAGGUUUUUCCGAUCGAAAAACAUUGAUCGGAUUCCCGUUGCCACAAUGCAGAAUUUACCAAAUAUAAAAGCUACCGCAAAAGCUGCUACAAAGAAGUGCCAUUGGUGUCGGAUGUGUAGCUAUCGUGUUCUUGUCAAAUGCUUGAAUUGCAAAAAACACUUGUUUUGUGAAGAUUGUAUCCGCGCAAGGUCUCAUGAUAAGGCGGAGGUCAAGAAACAAUGCCCUGUGUGCAACGGAACUUGCAGCUGUAGAGGUUGUGAACGGGGAAAGUCUAAAGAAGUCAAAACCAAGGAUCUUGUUGUUUAUAAUGGUGAAGGGAAGUUUGACAAAAGUCAACAACUUUUAUACAUGAUUCAUCUGCUUCUUCCAUUGAUCGAACAAAUAAAUCAAGAAAAGUACGAUGAGAUGGAUAUCGAAGCUAAAGAUCGGACUAAAGAUCUUGAAAAAAGUGCAAAAGAAAUAGUUUACGAUCACAAGUUUACAAACGUUUUCGACUUUGAUUCGUUACAUUGCGGAUUAUGUGAUGUAAAUGACAAAAUCGAGGGCGAGAAUGAGGGUGAAAUCUCGACUAACAACAAGAGUUUGUAUUUCUCGAUAAAACAAGAUCUCGGGGACAAAAAUGUUGAACAUUUCACAAAACAUUGGGUCAAAGGUCAACCUUUGAUUAUUCGAGAUGUGAUCAAGAGUGAUACGGAGUUGAGUUGGGAUCCUAUCUUCACGUUCUUUACGUAUCUUGAUAGAAGUGUGAAAUCACGAAACGAUAAAGAAGUGAAGUUGAAAAAUUGCUUGGAUUGGUGCGAGGUGGAAAUGGGUCGGCAACAGAUUUUUAUGGGCGGGAAAACGCACGCGAAUGUGUGGAACGAGAAGUUGAAGUUUAAAGUGUGGUUAUCAUCGGGAAUCUUCCAAGAACAUUUUCCAAGUCAUUAUGCUGCCGUGAUGCAUGCUCUGCCGCUUCAAGAGUAUACUAACCCGUUAACGGGUGUUCUUAAUUUGGCGGCUAAUGUGCCACCCGAAAGUCAAAAUGUUGACUUGGGUCCUUUUGUUUAUAUCUCGUAUGGUAGACCCGAAGAUCUUAUUAGGUCUGAUUUUUUAACCAAGUUAUGUUAUCAUGCGUAUGAUAUGGUUAAUAUCCUUGUGCACGCUACCGAACUUACGAUUUCGGAGAAGAAGCUCGGGAAAGUAAAGGUAUUGUUGAACAAAUACGGUUCACAAGAUCAUAACGAGUCGUUGAGGAAGAAUAAAAACAAAAUCGAUGAAGCAUGUGGGAAAUCAUCAUUCAGUAGUGAAGUAACUCAACAAUCGGAGUUAGAGGAUAUCGCAAAUGGAGAACUGACUCAAACGCCUAAUGUUGGUGAUGCGUGUGUGUUUUCUGACGAUGAUUCGAGCAACUGUGAUUCGGAUGAUGAAGAUUUAUGUGAUGAUGAGUAUGGAAGUUCAGGUGGUAAUGAAGGGAAAGUUGUUGAUACUUGUGGGGCCCAUUGGGACGUUUUUCGUAGAGAAGAUGUGGAUAAACUUGUUGAGUUUCUUAGAAAGUAUUCCGAUGAGCUUAAUUCAUCGCAUUGCUCGCCCAAAAAGGUUGUUCAUCCGAUCCUUGAUGAGAGCUUUUAUUUGGAUGCUUUUCACAAAAAGUAUCUUAAGGAAGAAUUCGAUGUGGAACCAUGGACAUUCGAGCAACAUAUCGGUGAAGCUGUUAUCAUUCCAGCUGGAUGUCCCUAUCAAGUAAAGAAAAUCAAGUCAUGUGUUAACGUGGUCUUUGAAUCCGUAUCGCCCGAAAGUGCAUCCAUGUGCAUCAAGUUGAGCGAUGAAAUCCGUCAACUUCCUGUAAAUCACAAAGCAAAAGGAAAAAUGCUAGAUGUCAAGAAAAUGACUAUACGUAGUGUCAAUGCUGCGGUUGAAGAAAUACGCAACGUUUCACACGAGGUUGAAGAAAUUCACAAGGUUCCACAAGCAGAAGAGAAAAAAGCCGAUAUGCUAUAGCAUCUUUUUUUCAUGAAUAAAGAUUUAGAAGCAGCGACAAAGAUGAGUAGAGACCGAGAGUUACAAGUGAACUUUACCUGGCUUAUGAUCGAAUUUCGCCAUGUGAAACAGGUGUUGUUGGCUCUUCUUGAUUUAACUUUUUAUAAAGGAUGUUUGAGGAAUUUGAAUCAGGAUGAAGAUGAAGUCGGUGAUCAGCAAAUGAAACCUUGAGUCAUCAAACAACAGCCAAAAGGUAAUAAACAUGUUCUUGCUUGCUUAUCUGGCAUGCUCAUUUGCAACUUUGAUCACAACCAAAGACGACGACAAGGGGUUAUAAUUACAUGAUACAGCAACUCUUGAAGAAAACCGAACCAGCUGCUUCACCAUAGACUACAUUUUCAUCCUCCAUUGUACAGUUCUGAUUCAGAAUCUUUGAUUGUAACAUUCUUCCACCAUUUUUUGACAACUUUGUUCUUUGUUAGUUUAGUGCCGAUUUUUAGCUACAAUGUGUCUAGUUUGAAUGAUUUUAGAUCUCAAAACGCUUUCGGUUUUCUCU